AUGCAUCCUCAAGUGUCGAAGAAGCCGCCAGCCAUCCAGACAUCAUCAAGGCCUUUGCGGCGAGGGAAGGCAUGCGUUAAUUGCAGUCGGGGCGAACAGAAAUGCGAUGGUGUUAAACCCAUAUGUGGACCGUGCGAGCGCAAUCCGAAGGAGGACGAAUGCGACUAUACCGAUGUCCAAGGUCGUUCGCGGACGAGAGCUCUGGAGGACACCAUUGCUCGACUCGAAACCCGAAUAAAGGAACUCGAGCGGCCCCAAGACUUCACGCCGUCUGUAUCCCUCCACGACCCAUACAACAACCAGAUACAGCUACAACCCUCGCCCGCCUCUCCUUACACUUCUUUACUCGACAAUUUCCUCCCCCACGCCUCCCAAUUUGGUUUCUUCCUUCACCCCACUCGCUUUCGUCUCAAUGCCUUAUCUCAAUUCCCUUUCGGUCACGUUUCUCGACCUUCACCUGCGCUCCUCAGCACAGUUUACCUUUGGGGUGUUCACCUUUCACCAGCAAGUCCGUACUAUACCCACUUGCCAGUAUUCCUCUCUCGUGCUUUGCAGUAUGCUGGCACCGAUCUUGCGAACACCACGACCCAUCCCCAUCGGGUCUUACACUUGAUGCAGGCCGAAGUGCUUCUUGCAAACUACUUCUUUCGUAAUGGGCGGUUCUUAGAAGCCAAAUGUCAUACUAGUAUCGCGGUUUCACUGGCUCUUGGGUGCAACUUCCAUCGGAUCCGCAGUAAUUUUGGCCUGUCACCGCCCACCAUCGGCGUACUGCUCAAUUUGCCUGUAUUGCCACAUCCACCGCAAGAUGAAGUCGAUGAGGGUGAAAGGAUCAACGGGUUCUGGGCUGUCUUCACACUUCACAAGACGUUAGCUGUAGCGCUUGAUCCUCCGACGAGGCUCUGUGGUGCUUUGGAAGCCUCUGGCGUUUUAAUCGAUACGCCUUGGCCACUCGAAAUGGAUACUUACAGAGAGGGAUAUUUGCCGCCUCAAGAUGCUCAAAGCAGCUUCACGGUGCGGGACUUCCUGAGUGAAGUACCCAGGAUUGCACCGGGCGAAUUCACAGCAAUUGCAAUGCACGUGAAGAGUGCUGUAUUGUUUCACCGCGCAGCUUAUCUUGCAGGCCAAUGGCGACCUCAUAUGUAUCCCCACGAAGCUACCGCCUUCUCAAAUGCCUUCUACUCACUUGAUCGUUUGAUCCAACGGUUUCGAGAAGAUCUCCCACCCACGCCGGACACCGGAGACUCAUUGCCAUCUUCUGAGGUCCGAACCCAUAUUAUCACGCGUGCACUUGUGGAAGCCGCUGCCAUCAAGCUUCACAGUAACUUUUCCUACUCGGACACUUCGUCAAAGCACAAGUGCUUAAGCGCUGCUCGGGCCAUCGUUAGCUUGGGGAAGGCGAGUCUAACUCAGUUAACCUAUAUGAAUCCUAUAAUGGGGACAUUGUGGUCCAUUGCAUGCCACGUCUUCAUCGAUGAAAUAUCCCGCUUACGGACCGGCGAGGGCAGCCUAACACCAACUGCCACCAUCAGUGGUGAAGAUGCACUUCUGACGAACCUGCGCGACGGCAUGACCACUUUGUCGAUGUUUGCCAACGACAGUGCCUUGAUCAGUUACCAGUUAACGAGAGUGCGAGAGUCCUACAACUUGAUUUGA